AAAAAUGAAUUUAAAAUAUAUAUUAUUGUUGUGCACGUUGACGAUGAAUUAUUCCAGUCUCGUGUGCUUGGAAAAUUCAAAGGCCUUCAAUGAAUCUGCACUCGUGAACACCAUCCAUACGGGCCACAGCAAGAGAACCAGUAAAUUUCUAUUUGAUACCAUUUUUCGCAUCAGUUCGGGAGUAUCGAAUGCCUUCGGACUUUCGGAUACCGAAGACGAGGUUGAGUACACUGAGAAUUCCAGUCUCAAAAACUGUGAUUGCGAUUGCGGUUUUUCAAAUGAAGAAAACAGAAUUGUUGGUGGAAAACCCACCGGAGUGAACCAAUACCCCUGGAUGGCGCGAAUUGUUUACGAUGGAAAAUUUCACUGUGGCGGCUCAUUGUUGACCAAGGACUACGUUCUAUCGGCGGCUCAUUGCGUUAAAAAGCUGAGAAGAUCCAAAAUUCGAAUUAUAUUUGGAGAUCACGAUCAGGAAAUCACCUCGGAGUCUCAGGCCAUUCAGCGGGCAGUGACAGCCGUGAUAAAACACAAAAGUUUCGAUCCCGAUACCUACAAUAAUGAUAUUGCCUUGUUGAGACUUCGGAAGCCCAUUUCAUUUUCGAAAAUUAUAAAGCCAGUGUGUCUGCCUCGGUAUAACUAUGAUCCAGCAGGCCGCAUUGGAACCGUUGUGGGCUGGGGACGCACCUCCGAGGGCGGCGAGCUGCCCUCCAUUGUUAAUCAGGUGAAGGUGCCCAUCAUGUCCAUCACAGAAUGCAGAAAUCAAAAAUACAAAAGUACUCGAAUUACCUCAUCAAUGUUAUGCGCGGGCAGACCAAGCAUGGACUCAUGCCAGGGCGAUAGUGGCGGACCCCUGUUGUUAUCCAAUGGAGUUAAAUAUUUUAUCGUAGGAAUUGUUUCCUGGGGCGUUGGAUGCGGCCGCGAAGGAUAUCCGGGUGUUUACUCGCGAGUGAGCAAAUUUAUUCCCUGGAUAAAAUCUAAUUUAGAAAAUACCUGCCUGUGUUCUUAGUCAAAUGU